GGCAUAGGGGAGGGUAGGCGUGGCGGGUCACUUGUAUACAAUUUGUUCACGUGCACUUUAGCGUGCCAGAGAGGACAGAGUUAUGUUUGGAGAGAUCUUUAAUAUGAAGACGUGGUUGCUGAUAAUCCUGCUGGUCAUCAUGUGCAGUGUUGCAGCUUCGAUGACGCAGCAGGUCUCUGGCCAAUACGGCUCCGAUCUUCACUUUCCACUGUCACAGUUAUGCCAGGAACCUUUUAUUGAUAUUUACGCUGGAGAAACUCUAAUUGGCAAUUACGUUAACCACAUACUAGAGGAUUUUAAGAAAUUUAAGGAUCGCCUUCAGUUUGACCAGAAGAGCUGCACAUUCAAAAUAAAGGAUUUUUCAGAGGUGGACGGUCAUCAUUUCACAUUCACUAACUAUGGACCUAAAAUUCGGAUGGAUUUCAAAGUCUUUGUCUCUGCUGUUGGAGACACUACUGAUGAAUACACCUCUGAGGAAUGUAUCUCGGGGCUCGUCGCUCUUGGCUUCUCACUGGAUCCGAUUAUCUGCCUUAUCUUCAUCAUCUUGGCUAAAAAGAUGAAGGAAAAACGCUGGAAUGAUGCUGAGAUUGGCUCUUGCAUGAAACAGGCUGUCAUCUCUUUUAUAGGUAAAGACAAAAACUGGAUAAACUUUGCUUGUAUCUCCAUUAAAGUUGUUUCCCUGGCCUGCCAGAUCGUCAGCCUCAUCUCACUGGUCUGUUGUGGGAGAAUAGAUGCAAUGGACUGCCUGUUCAUACCCGCUACUGCAUUUACAGUGAUUGGUUGGUUCUUUGCUGCUGGAUACUGCUGCAUCCAUUUUACCUCCAAAUGUAAUAAAGGAAAAUUGAAUCCGAGAGAUCAGUCAUUCUGUUAUGUUCUGGAGGUGGCGCAGUCCCUGGCAUUUCUGCUAUUUCUGGCAUUUAUAUAUUGCUUGUAUUUCUCUCAAUAUGGGGUAAAUUCCACUGAUAUGGUUUGGGUCCUGGUUGCCUCCCCUCUGAUCUCCAUUAUUUUGAAAAUUGUGAUAUUCAUUCUAUGUCGUAAGUACUGGCCUGAAGAAAAGAAAUACUAACCUGAAGGAAAAGCCUGCAUUGGAUACUGAUGGUCGGCUAUGAAAUUACAUAAAACGUUAGAUGCCUGCCUUUUACGUCUUCAUUCUUCUAUGCACUUUUUUAUAUCCGUUGUUUUGUGAGACACAUAAGAUGACGGCAGUAGAUUUUUUAUGUAGCAAAUAUAUUGCGCUAAACUGUGAUAGGUAUAAACUAGUGGAACAAAGUGACUGUGAUAUUUAGGCGGCCUGCAUACCAGUGGAUCAAAAGUACAAAAUGUUAAAGAAAAAAUGCAGUGCCAAAAACAAAAAAGUCAAAAAGAUCCACCUGGAAAGGUGGGUCUUAAUAUAGUGCAAUCGCGUGGAGGAAAUAGAUCUCCAUCCAUUCCCCAGUGUUACAAAAUGAAGUGCAAAGACCAUAUAAUGCUCACGCAAAUAUAUGAAUGGUGAAUAAAUGUAAUCCAAACAAUAUGAUAAACCAAAAUAGAUCCGUAAUGAACACAGAUAUAUAAAUAAAAAUAAAAAAUAUAUAUAAAUCCGUAAUGAACACAGAUAUAUAAAUAAAAAUAAAAAAUAUAUAGUCCCAUGUGCGUGUACAGGUGGUCCUUAGAAUCUCAUGGAUGCAAACAGAUAUAUAUUAUCCCCUCUGUCAGAAACAUCACAUCUUCAGGCAGAUACUCCUUGGCAUAUAAAAUAGAUUAAAUACGCUUACCAGAUCCUGUUGACCCACGACUCACCCAUACGGUGGGUGGGUCUCAAAGGCUUGUCUGGGCCGAACGCCCUCCUUGGAAACCAACGUGGAUGUAACUCCUAAUCGAGAUGUUCCAGGUGAAGUCCAAUGUUUGAGCUGGUAAGAAUGGCCGCAGGAAUCUCCAAUGGGAUGGUGUAGAGGGAAUGCUCCAAAAAUUUCCAAUCAGAGGAAAAGAGGAAAAAAGGAGAAACACCUCCUCAUAGUGUAAAAAGUUUUUAAUUUAACCACUUCCUUACU